CCCGCAUAGCCUAGUCCGCCACACCACACCUCCCUCAUCUCUCCCCUUCCUCUCUCAGUCUCAGUCUCAGUCUCAGCCUCGCUUCUUCCUUUUUCCAUCAAUUCGUUGCCUCCUGAUCUCUUUCGUUUCUUGGCUAAAUCCGUCCGCCUCUGUAGGUGAAAUCUGGGGAGCGAAUUGUCGACUCACCUGCCCUGAAACACUUGAUUUCCUGGGUGGUUGUAGUUCGCGCGCCAGCUGCUCGACGCAAUUCCACUGCAGAAUCUUCUGUGCCAUUUGGGGAGCACAGAAAAAAUCUUCAGGCGGUGACGGUGUUUCUUUAUGGCGUGUGCGCCAAAUUAUAUUGCCAUUGGCCUUGCCAACUAUGGUUUAUAUACGGGAACAAGGGUACUCUCACCGAGCUACAAGAACUUCCCACGGAAAUCCUCCUACAAGUUUCUCAAGGUCCGUGCCCUGCAGGGAAAUGAUGGUCGUAGAAGGCUGAUUGACAUAAUCCGAAUCAUCCCAGAGCUGUCAAGAAACUAUUUCAAAAGCGGGUCCAGGAGAGCUCUUUUCGGCGGCAUCGCGCUACUGGGUGGCUUUUAUGUUGCACAGACAAUAUCCCUGUCGUUCGGUGCUUUGGGCGUGAACGAUGUUAUAGCAGCAGUUGUGUGUGUGCUCCUGACCGAGUACGUGACAAAGUUCUACUACAGCCGGCCUAAGGUUACCUUCGCCGUCGCGCUCCUCAACAAUUUCAAGAUGGGUUUCACAUAUGGCCUCUUCAUUGAUGCCUUCAAGCUUGCUAGCUGAUUUACGUUGCCUCCUACCGGUGCUUCACAUGCAUUUUCAUCGCUGUAAGUGGGCAAACAUGGUGAGAAAACGCAACACCAUGUGAUGAUGUGUUACAGGGAUACAUGCCUUUCUCGGUCUUGCAUUUCUGUGUGAAGAUUGUCCCAUUGCUGGUACAGAAUGUGGUGUUACGAUACCAGGUCCAGUGUGUGUCAAUGCGUACUAUUGGCUAUCCUAAUUGUGUGUAGAGCUUUGAUUUGAUUUUAUUAGUCAAUUCAAGCUGUGGCACUUGUGGCUAUCCAGUCUAGGGUAGAGUUUGAUUUGCAGGCAGUCUGUAGCUUAGCCCUUUGUGCAGGCAAUGUGUAGUUUCUGUUCAUAUUCUCAGAUAAAUUUCUUGGACCAAAGUACCAACCGGAUGGCAUGCUGUUUUGAUC